ACCGUUGAGUCUGCUUGUCUCCAUUUGAUAAAUUUGGGGUCAUCAGAUUUGAGAGGUGUGGCAGUGAUGUGCUUGAGCCGCCCUCUCCCAUCCAACGCCAGACUCAUUUUGCGCGCCCAAAUGGCGUAGUUCCUAUCGUUGAGCUUUUCCGCCAUAUUUAAUGGCUGAUUGGAAGAGCUCUCGAUAGGUUCGGCCUUGGGUGCCAAAUUCUGAAAAUUUUGAAGAAUUUCCAGAAUUUGUGCAAGAUUGAUCGGCUGAUUUUUCGGGUCAGAUUCCUCUGUGUUUAUGGAACUGCCCGUUUGAGGAGUUUUAUCGGACAUUUUUUUUAUGGUAUAUGAUGAAUGCUGCGUUUCAUUCAAUUGUUUGAUCGAAUACAUCACAGCAUAAUAUUCAUCUUCAUUUGAAUACAUCACACUUGGUGUCUAUAAAUAUUACAAAUUACAUAAAGAGGACAACUAAGGAAGCGAUCCCAUACGCCCACUGGUCAAUGCCGGGGCAGCAAACGUGGUUCGUCGUCCUCUACGCCUUCACCUUCUUCUUCGCCAACUUCGGGCCCAACGCCACUACCUUCGUGGUGCCGGCGGAGAUCUUCCUGGCCAGACUGCGGUCCACCUGCCACGGAAUAUCGGCGGCUUCCGGGAAAUUGGGCGCAAUCGUGGGGUCCUUCGGGUUCCCGUACCUGGCUCAGCCUCGGGACAAGUCCAUGGCGGACGCCGGGUACCCCGCAAGAGUCGGGGUGAGGAAUUCGCUCAUCGUCUUGGCGGUCGUCAACUUUCUGGGCAUUGUGUUCACUCUGCUGGUUCCGGAAUCAAAGGGGAAAUCUUUGGAGGAACUGUCAAGAGACAACCAAGAAACAGCAGCUUCUCUCGAGGAAGAAGAGAAGUAGAAGAAGAAUGCAGUGACGACAGUCUAAUUGGAUUUGUUCUAAAACCAGUUCUAUCUCUUACAUUAGAGAGAACUUUAUUAUCCCCUUUAUUGUUGUUCUAUUCAUCAUUUUCUAGCUAUUUGUUUUACUAUUGGUACUUGGUAGCCUAGAUGAUAGUUAGUUGGAU